UGAUUGUAACUAGUGACGUGAAAUAACGCUCACGUCUACUUUGCCAUCAUUUGUUGUUAUUUGAAAUAAAAUUUUGUCUUAUUACAUAAAUUCAGGAAUUCAUAUUCUAUUGAAUUAAUUGUUCCAGUAAAAAUAAUGGGCAAAACUGGUGCCGUUGCCUUCUUGAAAGACUUUUAUUACGACCCAUUCAAAUGGUCAGUUGUGAAGAGCAUUGGUUUCUUCACAGUGGGUGUUGUGAUUGCAAGUGAAUGUACAGGCUUAGAAGUGAUGCCUGCGGUGCCGCAAUAACCUUAUUUUUAAUUUUAAUUAAUUAAGAAAAUAUAAAAGAUGAUUAAAUACUUGUUUAUGUUAGUUAUUUCAAGUGUAGUUUGCGAAGAUGCUACUCGACCUAAUUUUCUCAUAAUCUUAACGGAUGAUCAGGAUUCAACGCUUGGUGGAAUGAAUCCAAUGAAGAAUGUACAACGGUUCAUCGGCGAUAAAGGCGUCACGUUUAAAAAUGCCUACGUUACAUCACCGAUCUGCUGCCCAAGCCGAGCGAGCUUCCUAACAGGGCUGUAUGUACAUAACCAUCUGACAGUCAAUAACAGCCUCAGUGGCGGCUGCUAUGGACGUAUGUGGAAGAAUAUAGAAUCUAGAACAUUCGCUACCACGCUACACGAUGCAGGCUACAAGACUUUUUAUGCCGGAAAAUACUUGAAUGAGUACGGUGUGAAGGCAGCAGGUGGCCCUGAACAGAUCCCAGCCGGAUGGUCGGAGUGGCAUGGAUUGGUCGGCAACUCUGUCUACUAUAAUUAUACAAUAUCUAACAAUGGUGUGCCUACCCACUCCACAGACCUCUACCUCACUGAUAUUAUCAGAGAUCUGAGUAUCAGUUACAUCGAGAACCAGACUGGUUCGGAGCCGUUCCUGAUGGUGGUGGCGCCCCCCGCGCCGCACCAGCCCUUCACCCCCGCGCCCCGGCACAAGGGCGUCUUCGCCAACGUCACCGCGCACCGCACACCUAACUUUAAUAUUGCCGCCAAGGAUAAACACUGGUUGCUGUCAAUGCCACCAGUACCUUUGGGAGACAAGAUGCUGUCAGAGCUGGACCGCGUGUUCCGCUCGCGCUGGGAGGCCCUGCUCAGUGUGGAUGAGCUGGUCUCUGACGUCAUAGAGGCUCUUGACACCAACUCCCUGCUUGAACACACCUAUAUCAUAUAUACCUCGGAUAAUGGAUAUCAUAUGGGACAAUACUCCCAAAUGUAUGACAAAAGACAACCUUAUGAGUCAGAUAUAAAAGUACCUUUGAUUAUCAAAGGUCCAGGAAUCGAAGAGAACACAACAAGCGAAUUACCAGUAAUCAAUAUAGAUUUAGCACCGACUAUAAUAUCCUUAGCUGGUUUGAAACCAUCUAAAUUGAUAGACGGAAGACCUAUAGAGUUGAUUGGGAAUAAAACUAAAACUGAAAGGACAAUGUUGGUAGAAUAUUAUGGAGAAGCAAAGGAUGGUACAGUUGACCCUGAAUGUCCUUGGAGUUAUGAUAAAGAUAAUUUGGCGCAAUGUUAUCCAGAAUACGAUUGCAAAUGUCAGGACGCGAAGAACAAUACAUUCGGCUGUUUGAGGCACAUCGCUAAGAGAAUCAACAUGAAAUACUGCCUCUUUGCCGAUAACCAGAGUUUCACGGAGAUGUACGAUCUGUCAGCGGACCCAUACGAGCUGUACAACAUAGCGCCGCGCGCGCUGCCCGCGCUGCGCCACUGGUACAAGCUGACACUGGCGCGCCUGCUGGCUUGCCGCGGCAGCGACAACUGCGACCACCCGCUGGACGAGCCUACUGUCUUAUUCUAAUAUUUCGCUACCUGAAAAGGUAGUUAAAACAGUGUUUUGACAACCCUAGUGUAUGACUACCCUAAUGUGGGUAGUUGCAAAAUAUUAGUGACGCAAUGAAACAGGUUUUAUGUGACAGUGUGAAGAAAGCUGAAAGAAUAGCCUUAUUUGUCUAUGAUAAAAGGAUUUGUCCAUGGUUUGAGAUCAUUUUAAAACCUUAAAAAAUCACAUUUUUAAAAAUAAUGGUCUUUUAACGUAUC